CCAGUAUAACCUGACAGAUCAGCAAUUGUGAUCAUCGCGCAAUUACAAAAAUACACAGGGAAAAAAACAAAACAAAAGCUACAAAAAUCCAAAACCAAUGAAAUAAAAAAAGGAACAAAAAAAAAAUAAAUCCAAAUACAAACAAUACCCAUUGCAGCGCACUAGUUACUGCUUGCUAGCAGAGUGGCAGUAUGGCACCACAUUUCCUCAGCCAGUCAUCGUUGCACGGAUAGGGGGUCGGUCUACAGUACUUCAUUUCGCUAUCGCCAUCACAGCCGGUUGUCAUUUGCAUUUGGAUUAGCGAUUAGUUUUAAAACUGCGAAAGUGCGGGUGCCAGUGGAGUAGUGGAGUUUAUUAAAGGGAAGAACAAAGAAAAAAAACAAAAAUAUACAGCAAAUUUCCAAUUUAUAUGAAAAUAAACUAUAAACUACACGCAGUGCACUAAAUAUACUUUUGCAGCGUUGGCAAAAAUUGAUACAACAACAAAGUGUAAAGUGUACAAUAAACAUAAAAAGGCAGCAACAAAUAAACGCAAACGCAAACGCAAAGACAGCAGCAAAACCACCAAAUCAUAUUUAUGUGCGCACAAAGUAAAAGCAAACGCUGAGACAGUCCACACAAAAACAACAACCAGCAUGUGUGUAAUUGUUUAUUGACUAAGCGGCUGUCGAACCGCAAAAAACAUUAGUUGAAUACGCGUUUAGGUUAGGGCUGCAGCCCUAAAUUGCGGGGGAGGUACAUACGUACAUAAAUAUAGCAAAUUUAUACAUAUGUACAAAUGUAUGUAUGCUGAUACAACUGCUUAUCAACCAACAGACGUCCCGGCCUGAGCGUGCUGCGUUCCCUUACAAGCAUACAUAUCAUUUUAUAUACAUAUAUACAGAUGCAUAAUUCCCGUGCUCGAACUGCGCCGUCUUCAUACUCCCAGCGCGAUAUCGUUUACGCUUGCAGUUGAAGAACAAUUUAUGUGUAUUCGUUGUAUGUUUGUAUGUGAAUAUAAAAACACUAAAGCGGGCGAGCAUACGUUGCAUAUACAUAUGUAUGUAUGUUUGUAAACAGACUGUCGAUCACACGUCCGUAGUGUAUAGAUGUACAUACAUAUUGAUAUCUGUGUAUAUAAGUAUGUGCCAAUUUUAAUUAAAAAAGCUUGAGGAGCACUUCUGAAAAGGCACAAAUCAGCAAAUUAGUCAAAAAAUAAAAAAAAGCAAAUACGACGACUAACCAACGGUCUAAUACACACUGUACCGUUGAAAAGAAAGCAAGCAGCGAAAAAGAGCACAACAUAACGUUGAAGUUCAAGUCGGGAUCUCUACUUAAACUGAUAAGAAUGUGCUCACAAUCAAUUGUGCUGUAGCAAGCGGCCGCCACAACGUUAAGUGGCUAUUGUUAUUUAUAUCGUUGUUGUUGUUGCUGUAGUACAAGCGUAUAUGUAUACAGAAAUGUAUGCAGGCAAAUAAGUACUUCGUGUGUAGCUUGCCGCCAACAGCAUUUUGUUUCAGUUUGAAAUUAGAAUUGGGACGUCAGUCAACUCUUCCUACGUCGCUGCUAGUAUACCAACAGGCAGGGGCUGGCAAUAAGAUCGCAAAACCCCACCACCACCAUCAUCACCUUCUAUUACAUAGUAGACAACAGGAAAAAAAAAACAAAUUCAACUUAUCUAGUAAUUGAAAAGCAUAUAUAAAUCGCUUAUACCCAUCAACAGGAGACAUCAUUAAUUGUUCAUCGCUUACAAAGUGCAAGCAGACGGCGCAUGAACGUUGCGCGAAAGUCAGGAACAAGGAAAGAAAUCAGAGAAACCCCAUCCAAAAUGUUCUACAAUAUCCUUUUUCUACUGCUGGUGUCUUAUCGCGCCACGCAGGCGUUAGAAAAUGGCUUGGCACGUACACCACCCAUGGGUUGGAUGCAUUGGGAACGCUAUCGCUGUAUUACAGAUUGCAAAAAUUAUCCAAAUGAGUGUAUAAGCGAAAACCUUUUCAAACGCACGACUGAUUUGCUGGUAUCGGAGGGUUAUGCUGCUGCCGGCUAUGAAUAUGUCAUCAUCGAUGACUGUUGGUUGGAGAAAUCUCGCGAUAACGUUACAAACAAACUGGUCGAGGAUAGAUAUCGUUUCCCCAGUGGACUCAAUCAUUUGGCUGAUUAUAUUCAUAAUUCCGGCUUGAAAUUCGGUCUAUAUCAGGAUUACGGCACACACACUUGCGCUGGCUAUCCAGGUGUUAUCAAUCACAUGGCGCUCGAUGCACAGACCUUCGCAGAAUGGGACGUCGACUAUGUCAAGUUGGAUGGCUGCUAUGCGGACACUGCUACCAUGGAUGCGGGUUACCCGGAAUUUGGUCGUUUACUCAACAAAACUGGACGUCCCAUGAUAUACUCAUGCAGUUGGCCUGUCUACCAAGAAUAUGAAGGAAAAAUUCCCGACUACGAAGCGCUCAAGCAGCAUUGCAAUUUGUGGCGUAAUUAUGAUGACAUUGACGACUCAUUUGAGUCUGUCGCUAAGAUCAUGGAUUAUUUUUCGAAAAAUCAAGAUCGCAUACAGCCACAUGGCGGACCGGGCCAUUGGAAUGAUCCGGAUAUGUUGAUACUUGGUAAUUAUGGCUUGAGCUAUGAUCAGAGCAAAUUGCAAAUGGCUGUUUGGGCUAUUUUGGCAGCGCCAUUGAUCAUGUCAAAUGAUUUGGCUACAGUGCGACCGGAAAUUAAAGCGAUAUUGCAAAAUCGUGACGUCAUUGCCGUUAAUCAAGAUCCUCUCGGCAUACAGGGCCGUCGUAUUUUGAUACAAAAGAAUAUUGAAGUCUGGGCGCGUCCAAUAAUGCCAAGAAACGCUGCUGGUGAUUACUCAUACGCAGUGGCAUUUGUUAGUCGCCGCACGGAUGGCGCUCCUUAUCCGAUAAGUUUUAAUUUAAAGGAAAUUGGCUUACGCAGCCAACGUGGCUAUGAUGUUUUUAAUCUUUAUGAUAAAACAGAGCAGUUGGGAUUGUACAAAAGUUUGGACUCAUUCUACACGCGUAUUAUUCCAAAUGGCGUGAAUUUCUAUAAAUUUACGGUUUUAGGUUCACCGAAUCGCUAUUAAAUGUGGAUUAAAAUAAAAUUAUGCUGAAGAGAAAAACGACAACAAUUGAUUUGUCUUAUAACAUUGAAUUUUUUUACAUCAUGUGAUGAAAAAACUAAGAAUAAAAUAAAACACAUAAUAUAUAAAUAUACUUAAAAAAAAACUCAAUAAAUGUUUACAUGUUUUACUA